AGAUUGAUAACAUUGUGAUUAGAAACUGUAAUUAUCUUCACAGUAUAUUAUCAUUAGUGUCUUCACUGACUAACGCUUUGGACCUUCAUAUCAGCUGGGUCACGUAAUGUGUGAUAGUUGUUGAUUAAAGACUUUCACCGAGACGCUGGUGUGACGGAAGUCAAAAAUGCAGUGAAUAAAGGACGGCAGUUCAAAGAGUCGGCUCAACGGAAGGACGUGACGCGGUAACUUCAGCCACAGAGGUUGGUGUUAAGGAACUCAACGUUGCAAUGUUGAAAGGACAACAGGUCAAAGAGUCGGCAACAUUUCACGGACGGGACGCUGUUACUUCUGCCACAGAGGAUGGUGUGACGGAAGUCAAUAAUGCAGUGAUCAAAGGACUGCAGGUCAUAGAGUCGAUGACAAUGGAAGGACGGGACGCUGUUACUUCUUUCACAGAGGCUGGUGUGACGGAAGUCAAUGCUUCAGUGAUCAGAAGUCAGCAUUUCAUAGAGUCGAUGACAAUUGAAGGACGGGACGCUGUUACUUCUGCCACAGAGGCUGGUGUGACGGAAGUCAAUAAUGCCGUGAUCAAAGGACAGCAGGUCAUAGUGUCGGCCACAAUGAAAUGACAUGACACUGUUACUUUUGCCACAGAGGCUGGUGUGACGGAAGUCAAUGCUACAGUGAUCAAAGGACAGCAGGUUAUAGAGUCGGCCACAAUGGAAGGACGUGAUGCUGUUACUUCUGCCACAGACGCUGGUGUGACGGCAGUCAAUGCUACAGUGAUCAAAGGACAGCAGGUUAUAGAGUCCGCCAACAUGGAAGGACAUGAAGCUGUUACUUCUGCCACAGAGGCCGGUGUAAAGGAAGUCACAGAUACAGUGAUCAAAGUAAAGCAGGAACGAGAGUCGGUUACAAUUGAUGGACAUAACUUUAUAACAUCUUCCAUAGAGGCAGGUGCUCGGGAGUUGACUGCUAAGACCAUCAUUGGGAAAGAGGACAUCGAAUCGGCUGUUAUUACUGGAAUGGACACUAUUGAUUCAGCGACAGUAGCUAGUGCGCGGGAAUUUUCGACACAUCUACGGGAAUUACAAUCUAUUAGCAACAAGGUCAAAAAAGAUCUUACAGGCAUCAAGACACAAAAGGAGGUCGAGGAUUUCACCCUGCAAUGCAACGGUAAGCAACAAACAACAUCCAAGCAGUACACAUGUCUAGCUGUGUGAGUAUAUUAUCACAAAGGCAUAAACUGUUGGUAAUAUUCGGUUCGCGGUAUUUUGAAGUAAAAAUGUGGCAUUUGUGAUAUAUAGAGGUAAAGAGACCAUUCAUUAAUUAUAUCAUUCUGACUAGGCAUCUUGAGAUUUCACGUUACAAUUCGUAAGACAUCAUGCUGUCAAUGAUACACAUGCAUAUCCACUUAGUUAGAUAAGAAUACCGGUUAUUUUGGUAUUGUUAUAGUUAAUAGUUCUUUUUUGUUAAUUGCAUACGUUUCAACAGUUUUUUCCUAUGAUUUCCUAU